AUGACGAGACUUAUUCUAUCUACUGCCAAUGUCAUGUUGGCAGGCCCCUCCAUUAUCCGCAAACCCGGCAACAACAGGUCUAACCUCGAACUCGUCAAUUCCCUGCGUGACAACAUCGCCGAAGCUCAGCGCGACUAUGCGAUCGAUACGCAAGAAACAAACGGCUUCACGAACGGUGACACGCCCAAAGGCAAGCACACAACCGUCGACCUCUGGACUGAACAAGAAGGCGAUGCGCUGUACGUUCCUCGCAUUAAUUGGAACGCCGCUGGCCUCCAAGAGGAACCCAGCCAGUAUGAGAUCACUGUCAAGUUUUUCGUUCUCCCGGGUAUGCCAGUAGCUGCUCGGGAACAACACGUUAAAGAGGCUCUGGACUUGGUCCGGAGAGAACUCGGCAUUCAGACCAUCGACCUCCUGAUUGUAUCUUUUCCUGGCAUUUCGUUUGAAGGAAACUGCGAAUGGGAAGCGGAUAAGACCAAUGCCCAGCAGGGCAACCUCGAAGAGGAGCUUGCGACUUGGAAGGUGUUCGAGGGCCUACACAAGCAAGGCCUCGUGAAGCGUCUUGCUGUGGCCGAGUUCGGCAGCGAGAAACUUGGCGCUUUUGUCAAGCGUGCGAGUGUCCGGCCCGUCAUCGACCAGAUCAACCUGCGAAACUGCUGCGAUGUCCCACCUCCGCUGAAAAAGCUAGCCGAGGAAGAAGGCGUGGAAUUGCAUGUUCACAACGACUGUAUCGAUAUUCUUCCGCACGGCACUCUUCGAGAACUUCUUAGCCACGGGCACAAGGGCGCAGGUCUCCUUGCUGAUACGGGUAACAGCGGUGCGGGUUUGACUGGAGAGAUUGUCCCGGAAUGGGUAGUGCGAUACACGGCGUUCGUACAGGAUCGAGGCGUCAUAGAGAAUAAGGGAUAUUUCGCUGGAGCGGAGCUGGUGGCACGAUAG